AUGACGAGUACGAUUGGCAUACCGAUCAAGCUCCUCAAUGAGGCGGCUGGUCAUAUCGUUACCCUCGAGAUCACGUCUGGCGAGGUUUACCGUGGCAAAUUGAUAGAAGCGGAGGAUAACAUGAAUGUCCAGCUCAAGGACAUCACCGUCACCGCACGGGACGGUCGCGUGUCGCAUCUCGAACAAGUCUACAUCCGCGGCUCUCACGUUCGCUACUUCAUCGUUCCCGAUAUGUUGAGGAAUGCGCCCAUGUUCCGGUCCCGAGGUACCCGAGGAAGAGGUGUAGGCCUUGCACGUGGUCGUGCUACAGUCAACAGGGCCAGGGGAGCAAGGGGCGGUCGAUGA